CUUUCGGCGGCUCAACCCGCGCGAGCGCAAGAGCGAGUAAUUUUUAGCGCGUAUGGAGUAGUAGUAGUAUAUCUCUCAGCUGCGUGCGCUUCUUUCAUUCAUCCAUUUCCUUUUAGCCAGCGCCUUCCGAGCAAUUGUGGUGGUUCAGCUUGCAUCCUGCAUUGCAUUUACCCUCGUUGUUUGGGCUCCGACUUUCGUUUAUACAUCACCAUCUUUCUCGCUCGUUUUUUUCUGUCCACCAGCAUUCUCUCGUUUAUUCUUCAAGUCUCUCGUUGUAGUUGUUCGUUGUUAGCAAGCAGCAUUCCUUCACAAUGCGUGUCAGCACCAACCUCGUGGCCACUGCUGCCCUCGCUUUGCCUGGGCUCAGCGCAGCCGCCAAUUCGGCUUCGUCUACUGUUCUUCUCAUUGCCCGUGAUGCCUACGAUGUGACUGGCAUCAGCCCGGGCCUUGACGCCUACGGAAUCCCUUGGACAUCCGCCCUAAUCCCUCAAACAGGCACUGAUCUUCCCGUGCUCAACUCGACCGCCACCCACGCCAACUACGGCUCCAUCAUCCUCGUCGGCAGCAUCUCAUACGACUACAAUGGCACGUACAAGAGCGCCUUGACUGACGCCCAGUGGGACCAGAUCUUUGCGUACCAGGCAAACUUCAACAUCCGUAUGGUCCGUAUCAACGAGUACCCCGGCCCCAAGUUCGGCACUACACCAUUUGAUCCCAAUGCGCCGGGAUGUUGCGACAACAGCGUCGUUGCCGGCAUCAGCUUGACCGACAACUCGCUCUUCCCCAGCGCUGGUCUCAAGGUCAACCAGCCCGUCAACCUCGUCGGCCUCUACCACUACCCCAGCAACAUCACCAACACCAACACCACCACCGCUUUUGCCAUGUUUGAGCCCGCUGGUCCCUUCCAACAGAGAACCGUUGCUGCCGUCAUCAACCGCGUCAAUGGCCGCGAGGAGAUGGUCUGGUUCACGUCGUGGGCCUCGCAGUUCUCCCUGGCGUCCAGCUUCCUCCAACACUCUUACAUCCACUGGAUGACCCGCGGUCUCUUUGUCGGCAAGCGCAAGCUUUAUCUCAGCCCCCAGGUCGACGAUUUGCAGCUCAACACCGACAUGUACUACCCGGCCAACAAGACUUACAAGCUAACCACUCAGGAUUUGGACGGCAUUGUUACCUGGCAGGCGGGUAUCAACACGCGGCUGAACAACGGCUCGUCGCUUCGUCUUGAAUUCGGCCACAACGGAAACGGAAACAUUGAGACAGCGACCAACCUGGACCAAUCCGAAGGUAUCUGCGUACCCGACUAUGCAGUCGAGUACGGCGAGAUCCCCGACACCGCUCUCGAGUUCAUGAAGCCUCUCGGUACUGGCGUUGAUAUCUGGCCCGCUGAGUUUGUUACCUAUGGAUGGUCCGAGAACUGCUCGCGUCUCGACUCCUUUGCCAACUGGUUCCGUGAUACCAACAACCUCAACGCCUUUGGCCACAUCUCUCACACCUUCACCCACGAGGAGCUCAACAACGCGACAUACCACGAUGCUACACGCGAGAUUCAGUUCAACCAGGCGUGGCUGAAGCAGAUGGGCAUCGACAAGGCCAAGUACUUUACAGCAGACGGCAUCAUCCCUCCUGCCAUUACCGGCCUUCACAACGGAGAUGCUAUCCGUGCCUGGACCGACAACGGUAUCAAGUAUGUGGUUGGUGAUAACACGCGCCCUGUGCUCCGCAAUGCGCAGAAUGUUCACUGGCCGCUCGCUUCCACCGUCGCUUCCAACGGUGCUACUGGCAUCUGGAUCAUCCCGCGAUAUGCUACUACCAUCUACUACAACUGUGAUACUACCGACUGUCUGCUUCGCGAGUGGUACGUUCUCACCCAGCGCACUAGCGGCACCUUCCAGGAUCUUUUGGAUGAUGCAAAGUCCACCAACGUCCAGUACCUCCUCAACUUGCAGGCCGAUCCCUACAUGUUCCACCAGGCUAACCUUGCCAACGUGAAUGCACCCACUAUUACCGUGGGUAGCCAGACGGGCAAGUUCUCUCUGAUCCAGAGCUGGCUGGAGACAGUCACCCAGGAGCUCACUCGUCUUACUACCUGGCCUAUUGUGUCUCUCACGCACGAUCAGUUUGCCAACUACUUCAUUGACCGCAUGACACGCGAUGCCUGCCAGCCCACCGCCCAGUAUGGCUACUCGGACGAUGGAAAGACGAUUGUCUCUGUUACUGUCAGCACCAACGGCAACACUUGCUCUGUGCCCGUGGCCGUGUCUAUCCCGACCGGUACGGUAACUGGCGCCGGCUUCAGCGUCGAGAAUGUUGGUAGCGAGCCUCCUAUCGUCUGGGUGCAGAUGCAGGGCUCGCCUGUCACAUUGACACUGUGCAACCCUGUCACUCUGUAAAUAGACGAUGGCAAGAAUGAAUUUUUUUGUGUAUAGAAUUUAAUAUAUAAAUAUCCACAUAUAAAUAUCCCAUAGCCAUAAAAGGGUAUAUGCG